AAUAUUAAUACUUAAAGAAUAGAGCGAGAGCAUAAUCAAAAUGAAAAGUUUCGUUCAAGCUUUUGUCCUACUGGCCUUGGCUUCCUCAUUUGCCUCCGCUUUUGACCCCAGUCCUCUUCAGGACUUCUGUGUAGCCAUCGACGAGCCAAAGAACGCUGUGUUUGUGAAUGGGAAGUUCUGCAAGGACCCCAAGCUCGCCAAAGCAGAGGAUUUCUCCUUUUCAGUUCUAAGGCCUGGAGACACAAACAAUCCAGUUGGUUCAAAUGUCACCACUGUGAAUGUAGAUCAAAUUCCAGGACUUAACACUCUUGGCAUUUCAGCAGUCCGUAUUGACUAUGCACCUUAUGGCCAAAACCCACCUCACACUCACCCUCGUGCCACUGAGAUUCUUGUUGUCCUAGAGGGUACUCUACUUGUCGGUUUCGUCACUUCCAAUCCUAACAACACACUUAUCAGCAAAGUUCUUCACAAGGGUGACAUUUUUGUGUUUCCCAUUGGUCUCAUUCAUUUCCAAUUCAAUAUCGGAAAGACAAAUGCUCUUGCCUUUGCUGGUUUGAGCAGCCAGAACCCUGGAGUCAUUACAAUUGCCAACGCAGUAUUUGGAUCAAAUCCUCCGAUUAAUCCAGAUUUUCUAGCCAGGGCAUUCAUGUUGGACGUAAAUGUGGUGAAAAAUCUCCAGAAGAAGUUCUAGAUAGAUAACAAAUAGAGAGAUUUUUUCAAAUGCCUGGUAAUAUGCUGGCCUUUGAAUUUGAUUGAGUUGUGACAAUGAUGUAAUAAAGGGGUUACGUUUAUUAUUUAUAUGUACCUCCAGUUGCUUUCUAUGUUUUUGUUACUGAUAUAAUUAAUUUGAUUGCAGUUUGUUGUCUAUUUUUUCACUUCU